AUGGACCAAAGUGAUUCUCAUUUCAAAAGUAGUUACCACAGCCAUUUAUAUCAAUUUCAUUCUCAACAAUUCCCCGAACCUUUAGUUCCUUUAACAUCGUCUACUGACUUUUGUAAUAAUAAUAGCGAAGAACCUUUGACCAGACAUGAUUUACAACGACUUAAAAAAAUUGUUGAUAUGAUAUUUUCGAAUAAAUCUAUUGAUUCUUCGGAAUUUUCGGCUCAAAAAUUAUUCUCUACGGAGGAUAAAAUUUUGUCUUCUAUCAUUAGCCACCUUCCACUUAAUGUUAAUCAACCUUCGGAAAUUAAACAAAUUAUGCCACCAUUAAAUACAUUAAAUAUUAUGUUAAAUCAUACUUACCCUAAUCUUCUAAGUAAACUUAUUGAUAAUAAUUCUGAAUUUUUAAAUCAGCAGAAUACGAUGAAUUCCUCUUCUAUUAAUAAUAAAAUUCCUUCCAACACUCCUCUUUGUAUUCCAUCCAAAGAACUAUGCAAACAAUUAAUUAAUGAUUAUUUUACCCGAUUUAAUGUUAUCAUUCCUAUUAUUAAUCGACAAAAAUUUAAUAAUCAACAAAAUUAUCAUUAUAAAACAAUUUCCGAAAUGUUGAUGUGUUCAAUUUUGGCUGUGGCAGCUGCGAGAUAUUCUGAUGAUCCUUCUAUCCAAAAAACUCCCGAUAAACCUGGUGGUAUAUUUUUCGAUUCUGCAAAGAAAUUAUUGGAUAAAAAAUAUAAUACACCAAGUUUGGAAACCAUUCAAACAUUAUUGCUUUUGGUACAUGCAGAGACCAGUAUGACACGCAUCCAUAGUCAGUUAAUGUUUUUUGGCAUGGCUGCUCAAAUGGCUCAUAGCUUGCACCUUGAACGAAAUGAUACUUCUCUUUCCGAUGAUGAAAAUGAAGAAAGACGCAGAAUAUUUUAUUGUGUUUACUGCUCUGAAAGUAUGUUAAAACAAAUACGUUCUGAGUUAACAAAAUGGUUAAGAGAAUUAUCUGAUGAUCUACGAUUUCAAAGUUUAUCUAAUGCCGAUUCAAGUUCUAACAAUCUAUCGAAUUUUUCGGUUUUUACUGGAUAUAUCAAUAUUCUUUUCCACACAUGUAUACUAUUACUCCAUCAACCUUAUCUAACUAGAACAAGUGGUCCAAACAUUGAAGUACAAAAACAUGAUCCAGAUGGUCCUAUUAAAAUAUGUCUUACCGCUGUUAAUACAAUUACUGAAAUUGCUAGAACAACUCAAAAUUUUGAUGAUAAAGCAUUUUGUUCUUUUCAUUUUCCUAUUUAUGGUUUAUUACAAUCGACUAUGUUAGAAUUAAUCAUUAUGAAUGAUUCUCAAGAAUUUGAUUCGAUU